AUGUCGUCCCGGGUCGGGUGGCGGAUCUCGCACACUUGUUUGGGGGGUGAGUUGAGACGGACGAGAAUUGCCCCGGCACUUUCGGUGAAAUCCGUGGAGGGUUAUGGAUCUGUGGGGAAGUUGGACGGGGACAUGUUCGAACGAUUGGAUCGCGGAACGGACUACUUCUAUACUAGCUUGUUCUCCUCGAGCCCGUCUAAUUGGGUUACCGGUAGCUAUACGGGCAACAGCGAUGGCCUGCGUAUCACCAUCACCACGUUUGUCGUGGUCGCGUGGUACAAUGCCAUUGAGUUGAUCAUCCUCAUCUUUUCGACUUUCAAAAAAUAUCGCGGCGUAUACUUCUCGAGCAUGUUGAUUUCCGCCAUCGGCAUCCUCCCAUACUCGGUCGGCUUCUUCAUGAAAUUUUUCGACCUUACGUCAGCCGUGUGGCUCUCCUUGACUCUUGUCACCGUGGGUUGGUGGACCAUGGUCACCGGCCAGUCGUUCGUACUCUACUCGAGGCUCCAUCUGGUCGUCCAGAAUCCGACAGCGUUGAAGUUUGUCUGCUACAUGAUCAUCGCCAACGUCUUUCUCCUGCACAUCCCGACCACCGUAUUGACAUACGCCGCCAAUUAUGAGCAGUCGCAAGAGUACCUGACCGCGUACAACGUCAUGGAGAGAGUCCAAGUCGCAGGAUUCUGCGCGCAGGAACUAAUCAUCUCGGGCAUCUACAUGUGGGAGACGAACCGAUUGCUCAAGUUAAAUCCCAAUCGUGAUAACCGUAACAUCAUCUUCCAGCUGUUCAUAAUGAACCUGGUGUGCAUCCUCAUGGACAUCGUUCUCAUCGCGGUAGAGUGCGCCAACUUGUACAUCUACCAAACUACCCUGAAAGCCACAGUAUACAGCGUCAAACUAAAGGUGGAAUUCGGCGUCCUCGGCAAACUGAUCUACAUUGCCAAUCAAUCCGCCGGAAGACAGCCCGAAGAGGCCUAUCUGGAACUAAGCCGGCUCCCCAAUCUCAACACCCCCAACGCCACACGGACAACCACUCAGUCUAAGCCCCGUCGCGCCAGCAUAGAGGAUAUCAGCUUUCGUCUGCGUUCGAUCGUAACUUCCCCGCACUGCCGGUAA